GUCUUCCCACCUCAAGAUCCGGAUCACAGUUCAUUCCAGAUGUAGUCAAGUUGACAACUGAGAAUAGCCAUCACAUCUACUGUGAAAGAAAGUCAUCAGAUAAGCAGCGAGCCCUAGAAGAAACCAAAGCCUACACAACCCAAUCCUUAGCAAGUGUUGCGUAUCUGAUAAACACUUUGGCCAACAAUGUCCUACAGAUGCUGGAUAUCCAGGCAUCCCAAUUACGGAGGAUGGAAUCUUCAAUCAAUCAUAUUUCACAAACAGUUGAUAUUCAUAAAGAGAAAGUUGCAAGAAGAGAAAUUGGUAUUUUGACUACCAAUAAAAAUACUUCAAGAACCCAUAAGAUUAUUGCACCAGCUAAUCUUGAGCGACCAGUUCGUUAUAUUCGAAAACCUAUUGACUAUACAAUUCUAGAUGACAUUGGACAUGGGGUAAAGUGGUUGCUUAGAUUUAAGGUGAGUACACAGAAUAUGAAGAUGGGUGGGCUGCCACGUACAACACCUCCGACUCAGAAGCCCCCAAGUCCCCCUAUGUCAGGAAAAGGGACACUUGGGCGGCACUCCCCCUAUCGCACACUGGAGCCAGUGCGUCCUCCAGUGGUACCAAAUGAUUACGUACCUAGCCCAACCCGUAAUAUGGCUCCCUCGCAGCAGAGCCCUGUGAGGACAGCUUCUGUGAAUCAAAGAAAUCGAACUUACAGCAGCAGUGGGAGCAGUGGAGGAAGCCACCCAAGUAGUCGGAGCAGUAGUCGGGAGAACAGUGGAAGUGGGAGUGUGGGGGUUCCUAUUGCUGUUCCUACCCCAUCUCCUCCCAGCGUCUUUCCAGCCCCUGCUGGCUCUGCUGUCACCCCUCCUCUUCCUGCUACUUCCGCACCUGUCCCUACCCCUCUUGUUCCUGUUACUGUCCCCUCCUCCACUGCCCCAGAUGUUGCUGCUGGGGGUGCACAGACCCUUGCUGAUGGCUUCACUUCUCCAACUCCCCCUGUUAUUUCUUCCAAUCCCCCCACAGGUCAUCCUGUUCAGUUCUACAGCAUGAAUAGGCCUGCCUCUCGCCAUACACCACCAACAAUCGGGGGCUCAUUGCCCUAUAGACGGCCUCCUUCUAUAACUUCACAGGCAAGCCUUCAGAGUCAGAUGAAUGGAGGACCUUUUUAUAACCAGAAUCCAGUAUCUCUUGCUCCUCCUCCUCCUCCUUCCAUCCUACAGGUAACUCCUCAGUUACCUUUAAUGGGAUUUGUGGCCAGAGUCCAAGAAAAUAUUACAGAUACACCACCUCCACCACCACCUGUGGAAGAGCCAAUCUUUGAUGAGUCCCCCCCUCCACCACCACCUCCAGAAGAUUAUGAGGAGGAGGAAGCAGCUGUGGUUGAGUACAGUGAUCCUUAUGCUGAAGAGGACCCACCGUGGGCUCCAAGGUCUUACUUGGAAAAGGUUGUGGCAAUUUAUGAUUAUACAAAAGACAAGGAAGAUGAGCUGUCCUUUCAGGAAGGAGCCAUUAUUUAUGUCAUCAAGAAGAAUGACGAUGGUUGGUAUGAGGGAGUAAUGAAUGGAGUGACUGGGCUCUUCCCCGGGAAUUACGUUGAGUCCAUCAUGCAUUAUUCAGAGUAAAGCUCAGCACAGCUGUGCUUCCCUCUCAGAAAGUCAGGUCUUCCCAGAUUAGCUAGAGGCCCUGGGAAUUUCCUCCCAGUGAAACAAAUGAAGUAUACAAAUGAUGAAGUUAUUUCUUUUUUCUAUGUUUGGUUCAUCCCCUAGUAUUAAAAACAAAAAAAUCAAAUUCGAGUCUGAACAAAUGGAUCUUCUUGCCGUUAUUUGCACGACACUGUCUGGAUUGAAAAUGUGACCAUUUCUCAUUCUAUAGAAGGCAUAACAACAAGAACAUAUAGCUAAAACAAAUCAGACCAAGACUGGCUUGAAAAAAGUCUGGGAUCAUUCUCAGGAAUACUGUACACCCUUGAAUUUCUCUUCCUGCAGAAUCUGUGACAUUGGAUAUUCAUUGCCUCUGCCUUGGGGUUAGUCUCAUGGUCCAGUGGACACCCUUGCCCCUUACUUUCAUGUGGAGAGGAAGGAAUUACUGUUUAAAUACCGUAUUUAACUACUUUUGGAUUGUUUCAAAGGCUGUUUUUAACACUGUAAAUCCUGUGUUCUCUUAACACUGGAGUGUGCUAGGUGAGUUAAUACUGAACUCCCUUGCAUCCUGUUGUUUGUAGAUUAUAAGGAUGACAAAAUGUGAGUCUCCAAACAUUUCCACACUCCCAGUCACCACAGUUUGAUUUUAAUUUACUGUUGCAUGAGGCUGCAUUGCUGAUAACAGCCGGUGAACCUGAUAAAAAAUGUGAUCGAGACUUGUACUGAGGUAGAUGUGUGAAACUGGACACAAAGCUACCUAAGGCUUUGAAGGGAAGAGCUUAAGUGCUCCUUCAGGAAGGUCUUAGGUCAGGAAGUCAGACCAGUUGUUCCUGUUCUUCUGAUAUUUAAAAACAUUGUUUUUCUUAUUUUUAGAAGAGACUUGGUGUCAGGUCUCUUGACAGUCACUGGAUUGGGAGUGACAGGUGCUACUGUGCUCUUGGCCUGCUAUCAGUGGCAGUGUUAGCUGAUGUGGAGCCAUUUUUCUUAUUUUCUCAGCUCUAGAACAGUAAAUAUUCCCAUGAUUUGGUAUGAUUGGACUCUAAAGUAGACAAUCCUAGGAAGAUCUGAACCUCGUGAUUCAGACUCAAGUGUAGUAUAAAAGACUUGUAGGACAAAAUACUUACCCAGUCACAGUGAUGAGCCAGUAUGAUUUUGAAAUAAUGGGCAACUCCCUCAUCUACAAUUAAUUUAAAUUUAGUGGUGUUUGUACAUCUGGUGGCUUUAACAAUCACAUCUGUAAUUAGAGGUGUUGCUGCCCAGUAGGUGAAUACCAUGGUGGGUCAGUUUGUGGUUAGAACCAAAGCUUCCCUGUGGAUUCUUACCUAUUCUUACAUGAAUAGGCCAGAAAGAAUCUGACCAGGAAACUUUACCUGAAGAGUUAAAAGAGGAAAUAAUCGCUAUGUAUAAUUAAGAUGCAGGCCUUGAAUGUGCUGGAUAGUGAUGCUAGAAUAAUUUGGUUGAAAAAUGAGUAAGUGUUGUAGAAGGGAAAAAAAGCAGGUCAUGGAGACAGAAGCUAAUUCCACUUAGAGAUCUGUUAUCUGAGUUUUGCUGUGUAACUGAGACUCAACCAGUUUCUUGCCUAAGACUUGUUUUUUUUGCUUUAAAAUUGCAGGAUUUUGUUUGUUUUCAGACAUGGUGUUCCUUCUGCUUUAACCUCCCCAAACUAGGAUUAUAAGCAGGAGCAUCAUUAGAAUAUUAGGCAUCAACCUUUUUUUUCUUUUCUUUUUUAAAACAUACUUCAGCCAUUAUACUUUUAGAUGUUUCUGAACACUUUGGAUUCAUCUUUAACAUGCUUCUAGUAUACGUUCCACUUCAUGCUUUUGCUAGGUCGUAUUGACUAUCUUCAGGAUAAUGUCCCUGAAUGUCCUCUGAACCUUUCGCUCCAUUAUGGACGCAGCAAGACUAUAUAUGAAUAUGUUUAACUUUGCUUGUAUUGGUACGUGGAAACUUUUGAAAAUAGUUGCACUAAUUAUUUAUUUAAGUAGCCAUUUGUUGAGCAAGCUUAAUGGAUUAAUAAGACGAUGUUUGGAAACCCAGGAAACAGCUAGCUUGUGGAGUCACAGAAGGAACACAGCUGACCUGUUGAGUUAAGGUUCCAAGAAUACUUUGUGUUGGAUACUUGCACUGGGGGAAUCCACAGGUCAGCUGAUUCCUCCCAGUUGUAUUACUGAGUACUGAUGCGAUUUUACAAAAACAAAAAAAGCGAUCUGUUGGAUUUUUUUUCAUCUUUUGAAUUUUUACAAUUUUGAAUUCUAUAAAUUGUCUUGGAAGGAUACUCUGUAACAAUGAACCAGGCCUACAGUAAUUGGAGACUUUUAAUGUAUGUAAUAUUUUGUAGAUUGCAUGCUGUUAAUACUGUGAGGUUAUCUCUUAUUUUAUUGUAAAUUUUCCCAUUUAUUUGCCCAUAAACUAAAAUACAGUUGAUAUUAGAAAUUUUAAACGAAUGUUGAAACUUUGCUGCUUUUCCAGGUCACGGGUGCUUUUAAGGCUUUGUUUGGUCUUCCUUGAGAUUUCUGAUUACCCUUAAAAAAAACUGGAUAUUUGUCUCUUUUUUGCUAUUAAUAUUUGAAGGUCAGUGGAUCUGAGUGAAAAUACAUUCUUGUGCUGGACCUUAUAGCCAAGGCAAAUUAGAAACAAAAAUAGUGCCAAUGUUUUGAAAUCUAGAUCCAAGAGAUUUCAGCCUGCUGUGUUUGGAAUAAAUAUGAAUUUUUAAA